CCUCUCACGUUCACUCAUACACGUGUGUGUGUACAUGCAGACAUGGCGGAUCUUCAGAUGAAGCUUCUUCGGAAGAAAAUUCAGAAAAGAAAUGAGAAGAAUAAAGAACGCAAGCUUAAACAGAAGCGGAAGCAGGAGGAAGAGAGCGAGUCCAGAAUAAUAAGUGAAGACGAGACGACUGAAGAGACUCCAGCUGCAGACAUCAGGCAGGAGCUGGCUGACCAGAAUCAGGAGAAUGAAUCCUCUCAGGAAGACAACAGCACACCAAGCAGCAGCAAGAAGAAAAAGAAAAGGAAGAAGAGGAAACUAAACGAAGCUGGAGAUCCUAACAACAUCUCUGUGAAAAAGGUCAAACAGGAGACCAGUGAGUGCAAUGGUGCUGGGCUUUCUGAGGGAGAAGAGGAACAAGAAAGUUUAAAAGGGGAAUUUAAGGAAGAUGAAGAGGAUGCCGAGAAAGAUGGAAAUGAUGAGGACGAGCAGGAUGAUCUACCAGAGCUUCCAUCUGGUCUGACAGGAGCAUUUGAGGACCAGUCAUUUGCAUCUCUGGCAGAGCUUGUGAGUGAGAACACACUCAAAGGUGUUAAAGAGAUGGGAUUUGAAACCAUGACUGAGAUUCAGCACAAAACCAUACGCCCUCUACUGGAGGGAAGAGACGUUCUUGCAGCUGCUAAAACUGGCAGUGGUAAAACUCUGGCCUUCCUGAUUCCUGCUAUUGAACUCAUCUAUAAACUCAAGUUCAUGCCCAGAAAUGGUACUGGAGUGGUGAUUUUGUCCCCAACGCGUGAGUUGGCCAUGCAGACAUAUGGAGUACUGAAGGAGCUAAUGACUCACCAUGUGCACACAUACGGCCUCAUUAUGGGCGGCAGUAACCGCUCAGCAGAAGCCCAAAAGCUUGGUAAUGGAGUCAACAUCCUGGUGGCCACCCCUGGUAGACUUCUUGACCAUCUACAGAACACUUCUGGCUUCAUGUAUAAAAAUCUGCAGUGUUUGAUUAUUGAUGAAGCAGACAGAAUUCUUGAGGUGGGAUUUGAAGAAGAACUUAAACAGAUCAUCAAACUGCUGCCAAAGAAGAGACAGACCAUGCUGUUCUCGGCUACGCAGACAAGGAAGGUGGAGGAUCUGGCACGAAUAUCUCUGAAGAAAGAGCCUCUGUACGUGGGAGUGGACGAUAACAAGGAUACAGCCACUGUGGAAGGACUCGAGCAGGGCUAUGUGGUUUGCCCAUCAGAGAAGCGCUUCCUGCUGCUUUUUACAUUCCUCAAGAAGAAUCGCAAGAAGAAGCUGAUGGUGUUUUUCUCAUCCUGCAUGUCUGUGAAGUAUCACUAUGAGCUGCUCAACUAUAUCGACCUGCCUGUUAUGGCCAUCCAUGGCAAGCAGAAGCAGACAAAGAGAACCACCACAUUUUUCCAGUUCUGUAAUGCAGACUCUGGCAUCUUGCUGUGCACUGAUGUUGCUGCCAGAGGACUCGAUAUCCCUGAGGUGGACUGGAUUGUCCAGUAUGACCCACCAGAUGACCCUAAGGAAUACAUUCACCGUGUGGGUCGAACUGCUCGAGGUAUUAAUGGCAGAGGCCAUGCCCUCCUCAUCCUCAGACCUGAAGAGCUCGGCUUUCUACGGUUCCUCAAACAGGCCAAGGUGCCAUUAAGCGAGUUUGAAUUCUCUUGGAGUAAGAUCUCAGAUAUUCAAUCCCAGUUGGAGAAGCUGAUCGAGAAGAAUUACUACCUGCAUAAAUCAGCUCAGGAGGCAUACAAGUCGUAUGUGAGAGCGUACGAUUCUCACUCCCUCAAACAGAUCUACAAUGUACAGACACUUGACCUGCCACAGGUGGCGCUGUCGUUUGGCUUCAAAGUACCACCUUAUGUUGACCUCAAUGUUCACAGCAGUAAAGGUGUAAAGCUUCAGAAGAGGGGAGGAGGUGGAGGCUUCGGCUACCAAAAAUCUAAGAAUGUGCAUAAGGCUAAGAUCUUCAAACAUGUUAACAAGGGCAAGGGAGACCGCAGACAGUUCUCCCGCUGAGUUUGCCGUUUCCUCCCUAAAUGUGUUUUUGAAUAAGUUUUAAAUGCUUCAGGCUAGACAACUCUUCCCAUCUUUGCCUGUGGUUGUGUUUUCCUGUCUAUUUUGUAUGCCUAUUCACAAAAGCUGGUGAAAUAGUUAAUUUGUCUGCUUCCAUUCCACAUAAUUGUGUGGAGAAUCUAUAAUGCUAGAUUCUACUGAAACUCUUUAUAAUCUGUAUAUUAAUUUUUCAUAACUCUAGAAGUUUGUACGCAACUGAUUAAACAUCUUUUCAAGAACCCACAGAUGAUUUGUUAAAGGUUGCAUUAUUCUAAAUAUUUUUAUAAAGUUUUGUGUAAGUUAUGUUCAAAUAACUGUAUAGCAGGAAUUCUUCAGAGACAGGAGUUCAAAAACUGGUUAAAAUAAAUGUUAAAUGCAUGAUGGUUUAUUUAAUUGUGUAAACAUUUUACAAAAUAAACUAUGGUGGUAUCACAA